AUGGGCCGAAGAAAGAUUGAAAUCAAAGCUAUCAAGGAUGACCGCAAUCGAUCUGUAACAUUCCUCAAGCGCAAGGGCGGUCUGUUCAAGAAAGCCCACGAGCUCUCCGUUCUCUGCUCCGUCGACGUCACCGUCAUCAUCUUCGGUCAUAAUAAGAAGCUCUACGAGUUUUCGUCCGGAGAUAUCCAAGAGACCUUAGGACGAUACCAAUACUAUGGCCAGGCACAUGAACACAAGGGGCCUGCCGACUUUGCAGGUAAGCAGAACGUUGACGAUGACGAUGAAGAGGAUGUUUCGCCACCACCGGAUGAGUCCCAGCCUCAACAACCCCACAACAAUGGAAUUCCUCCCCAACCGCAUCAGCCAGCUUUUCAACAUGUAAAUCACACUCCGUCCGUGUCUCCUCCCAUACCGAACGGCGUCCAAUAUCAUGCACGGAACGCGACCCCUCAGCCCGCCAGUGUCGGCUCGAGGCCUUCGUCUCGGAAUACUGUUCCUGCAGUCACUUCCAGUUUGGUUCCUCCACAACAUCACCAUGCAACACCACCACCUCCUCCUCCUCCCCAAUCCCAAAACGGCUAUGCAUAUAUGCCGAAUGGACCCGUUUAUAACCCACAAGCAAACUCCAAUAUGCCGCAACACCCACCUAGACCAGGACAGUACCAAUAUGCAAGACCACUCCCCCCGCCGCCACCACCACCAUCAUCUGUGACACAACACCAAGGACACCCUCCGCCAGCGGCACCUCAUCACCCGCCACACCAACACGUGCCGCCCCAAAUACCGCAACAACACCACCAGCAUCCGCAGCACCCACAGCACCCACAACAUCCUCAACAUCCCCAGCAUCCUCAGCAUCCUCAGCAUCCUCAGCAUUCCCAUCCUCAUCCUCAUGCUCAACACCAUCCACAUCCACCCGCGCAGCCCCCCCCAUUACCUCAUCAUACGUACCUGCAAGAGCAGCAACGGAGACAAUCGAUGCCCCCCGCUUUCCCGCAACAAGAACGGCAUGGCCCGUCUCACGCUGACCAGCAAUUACCUCAGCAUCAUCCUGAAACGAAGGUCGAGCGUGGGUCGUCUCCGCCCCCAAGACCGCAGCCAACCAAGUCCAGAAGCAUAUUCACCCCAAUUGAUGAUCGAGGGUCUAUCUUAGCUCAGCAAUUCGGAUUUGCGCCACCCGUCGAAUCACCAAAGAGCGAAACACAAGCCAUCAAGCAUGACUCCGAGAAACUUGGAAAGUCGUCUGCUCCACCACCGAGGGUGCCUACAGCCCCGAUUCCCCCGAGAUCGCUUCCCAACCCGCAGAGAACACACUCGUUAUCUUCAAUCCCAGAUGUUCCCCCGAUGACCAGAAAUGACAGCAUAACCAGUGUCAAAGAACGACCACGGUUGACGGUCCAGAUUCCCAGCGAACAUUCCGACACAGGGGAAGGCACAGAGGAAUCCGCCCGUGAGUCUGGUGCUAACGGAACUACUCCAGCGAAAGGUGGCUCUGAUACAGGACACCCAUCGGUCGUGCUUCCUCCACCGUCGCCGUCCGCCAGCGCUUUAUUGAGCGCUGGUGCACAUGGCCCGCCAAACCCGUUCGCGAGACCACCACCCCCAGGCGCUGUCCCGCAAGGCGGUGCCGCAUAUAAUGGCAACACUAAUAACAUCGAAACUCCCGUAUCUGCCCUACCAAGCCGCUUCGUUUCCGACGCUCUGCUACCGUCGCCGUCGAGUUUCUAUCCCGAAUGGGGCUUUGGACGAACGGGUCCAGAUAGUAAUAUGUUACCCAGUCCGCUUACGUUCCCGACACCCGUGAUGCAGUCUGGCCCGGGACUGGUCAAGGAAGGGGAAGAGCAGGACCGGAAACGGAAAAGUCCCGACAACGGAUCUGCCAUAGCAGAACCCGUUGGCGCGGGAAAGAGACUCAGAGUUGAGUAAUGUCAAUGAUCUGAAAGAACAUUUUUAA